GGCUGAGUGCUUCACUAACUCCACUUGCAACCUGCUCAAUACGCUCCAAUAGAUCUACCAUCUUAUUCUUUACCUUGGUUGAUCUAUCCCAACAUGGCUCCGGGCUAGAAGCUGGGGCACCUUGGUCAUGAAACCGGGAAUGCAUGAAGGCGCUGAUUGGGCUACUGCUGCUCUCGUUUGCACUUGAUUCUUCCAUUUCAUGAUGGAGGCGGUUGUACUCAAGCUUGUCUAGGAGAUCCUCUGCAUGAUACAUGACAUCUCGGAGCUCCUGCAUCCAUGGAAGAGAGCUGUGGGAGAGUGUGGGCGCCAGCUCAGUUCUGUGGAGAACUGACUGUGUGCGAAGCAAAGCAACACGAAGCCUGUCUAGCUCAUGGCCGAUGCCACAGUUGGCUGCCCACCUCUGGAGCUUGUAGGAAAGAUACUUGUCGAAGAUAACCUGGAUGAACCAGCCACCUACAGCCAGGUCAAAGUCUCCCCCCAAGUCUUCCCCCAAGUUAUAUAUGCUGCCAGGCUACCAGGUCAAAGUCUUCCCCCAAGUCUUCCCCCAAGUCGAACCUAUCCAUUUUUGAAAAUGACACAUUUCUCAGCUUUACUGAUUUAUUACAUCUCUAUGAACCUUAAUGUACUCUUUUCAGCUAACCCUUCUUGCUACAUUGACCCGUGGUAACUUUUUGAGUUCAGAAUUCAGUAUCUAGUCCUAGAAUUUGUUUGGAUAUUGAGUAUCACCAAUUUAAGGAAUUUAGGACAAAUUCUUACAAGUGGUGGCUGCGGUUCAGGCAUUAUGUUGUAUCCAAACAGAAAGAGGAAGACAUAUAUCAGAGAAAUUUGAAGGUAACAAACAUUUAUAGUUCUGUCCAUAUACCACUGGUUAAAUCCUGUGGAACCAUUCAUAUUAUAAAUAAAUUGUGGAGAUUCAAAUUCCCAAUGAAGAAUUGGUUCUUUACCAGGUUACUAAACCGUAAUUCUAACCGUGCCUAUGGAUAAUCUGUUGUGACCAUUGGAUACUUUGUUAUGAAGAUAGGCUGGAAAUACUAGCUACAUUUGUGGUCACCAACAAAGCACAUAACAUCUGUUUUUUCAGUUCUUUCCUUUUCGCUGAAUUUGUGUGGAGUACAUUUUCUAGGAGUUCUGGUGUGGAGACUACUAAGAUGUUUUGGUUGACUUUCUUCACCGGUGGAAAUAUCAGCUUCCUGCAAAUUCCAAUUGUCUUUGGGCUGAUUCUGCUGCUAUUAGCUGGGCCCUUUGAAACAUGCUGGGCCUAUAGACCCUGCUGCUGCGUACAAGUGUAAAAACUUGUGCUUUCCUCGCAUACUAGUAGGCAGGUUUGUUCUACACUACUACUCAUCCAGGGGAACACAGGAAGCCAGACUAAUAAAGAAAAUAUAUUACCAAGUGAUGCAGAAGGUCCCUUGAGGAGGGAUGGUAAUGUUUAAAUCUCCCUGAUGUUAUGGGAUCUUGUUAAACCGUUCUAGGCUGUUGCUGGAUUAGUUCUGUGCCUUCAGUUUUGAUUGCUGAAUGGUGGCAGCCUGGCAGGCGGGCUGCUGCCUCCCUCUAUGCAAGACUUGCGGACUGAUUGACAAAGGGAUCACAAGGGAGGUUUUCUUCUUCCACUACUGAUUCCUUUUGGAUAUGUAAUUUUACGAGAUACGGAGUUCCCUAAUUAGCGGCAUCGGAUGGCUAUUUUCUAGCACAGGUCAGCGGCUAAACUCUUUCUUUUUUUCAAAGGCAGGUGACGACGUGACGUGCCCCAACUGCUGUGUUGCUGAGCCCGUGGAAGAAUACGGGGUGGGCAAACGGCGUUCACUCCAGCUCCCUCCGUGUCCCCUUGGCGGGCGCCGACCUCGCCACUGGAGAAGCUGCAGAGCUGAACCCAAACUCCGGGAAAUCGGGACGCCGAGCGCCGGAGCAAAUGGAGCAGCUGGUGGGAGUUCACCAUCACCACCACCACCAUCACUCCCUCUCCCCUCGGACCCCUCGCACCCCGACCCGCGCGCAGGCGCAGCCGCUCCUCCACCACCUACCGUCCAACCGGUCCCGGGAUCCCCAGUCCCAGAUUCACGCCGCGGUCGGCAGGAUCCUCCGCGCCACCCCGCCCUUCUUCCUCGUCCUCCUCGCCGCCGUCUACCUCCUCGCCUCCGUCACCAUCUUCUCCGCCCCCACGCCGCUGCUCCGCCUCCGCGGGACCUCUCCUAGGCCCCUCCUCCUCUCCAUGCCCGCGCCGCCGCCCGCGCCGGAGUUCUUUGAGCUCCACGGCGGGAGGCUUCGGGUCCGCCUCACCAAUGUCGGCGCCGCCGUCACCUCGCUCCUCGCCCCGGACAAGAACGGGGUUCUAGCUGAUGUGGUGCUUGGAUUCGACUCGCUGGAUCCAUAUCUGAAUGGAACUUCGCCUUACUUUGGCUGCAUUGUUGGUCGAGUUGCAAAUAGAAUCAAGAAUGGAAAGUUCACUCUAAAUGGGGUGCAGCACAAUCUGAGUAUCAACAACCCACCAAACACUCUUCAUGGUGGAUUUAAAGGGUUUGACAAAACCAUAUGGGAAGUCACUGAAUAUAACAAAGGGGAUAACCCUUCAAUCACCUUUAAGUAUUAUAGUAAAGAUGGAGAGGAAGGUUACCCAGGUGAUGUUUCUGUUACUGCCAGAUAUUCCCUUCUUCCAAGUGCAACACUGAAGCUUGAGAUGGAAGCCAUACCAUUGAACAAGGCCACACCCAUCAGUUUAGCACAACACACCUAUUGGAACCUUGCAGGCCACAACUCAGGGGAUGUGCUUUCACACUCGCUCCAGAUAUGGGGGUCCCAGAUAACUCCGGUAGAUCAAACCUCAAUACCUACAGGCGAGUUCAUGCCAGUAAGCGGAACUCCCUUUGAUUUUCUGACUGGGAACAGGAUCGGAAGCAGAAUUCAUCAGGUCCCUGGUGGUUAUGAUCACAAUUACGUGGUUGACUCUGGUGAAGAGAGGUUAGGCUUGCGACAUGUGGCAAAAGUGGCAGACCCGUCAAGCUCGAGGGUCCUAGACAUUUGGGCAGAUGCACCUGGAGUGCAGUUCUACACUGGAAAUUUUCUUCAUGGCAUUGUGGGAAAAGGAGGUGUGGUCUAUGGGAAGCAUGCUGGCCUCUGCCUUGAGACGCAAGGUUUCCCUAACGCUGUUAAUCAACCUAAUUUUCCAUCAAUUAUCAUUCAACCCGGUGAGAAGUACCGGCAUACGAUGCUGUUUGAGUUCUCUACUGAGUGAUGUAGUUCCUGUGGAUAUCACCAUUUUUCUUGUUGUCAUUAGUUGCAAUCUAUGGUGCAGCUGUUGUUAAAUUGAUUCUUGAUAGGGCUAGAUAUAUAACAGAAUGUAACAAAAUAGGAAAGGGGCAAAUUUGCCAUGAAAGUGUAGGUUUGCAUCUCAUGUUUUGUACUUACCAGUUAAUGAUAGUUCAUCCAGUAUUACUGGAUUAACAAUUCUUGCA